AUGGAGUACCGCGUGCGCAAACGCAACGUGAGCGGCGCGGGUCGGCUGCCGCGCUCGCUCGAGGAGGUGCUGCCCGACGCGACCGUGCGUCGCUUCCUGCUGCGCGCGGGCUUCCGCUCGAGCUCGGCCCGCGCCUCGGCCGAAGUGCGUCGCCACGUGAGCGACUUUUUCCGGCGCAUCGUGGGCUGUAUGGUCGUCAUGAUGCAGCACGACGGGCGGCGCAGUUUCCGCCUCAUUGACGUCAAGCGCGCGUGCGAGCACUUUGGCAUCCGCAUGUACGGCUACGACGACGUGUGUCUGCUCGCCGCGCGACGCGCGUGUGGCCCCGAAGUGUUCCACGUGACGGAACUGGUCGAAGGCCACUCGCUGUAUAGUCGCGCGAGGGACGCGCGGGACGAGCCCGACACGGAGCCGGGCGCGGGCUACCGGAAGACGAACUUUGUGGCGAACUUUGCCUCGUGGCAGCGCGACGCGUGUGCAGACGAUGACAAGAGCGACCUCAGUGACUGGUCGUUCUCGGAUAGCGACGAGGAGCAGCGCGACGUCGCGGACAGAAAGGCGGGGCACGAGCGGCGGCUGUCGGAGGAAGAGCAGUUUCUCGCGUCGCUGCGGGACGCGCAGGACACUGUCGACGACAAGUUACUGCACGACGCCGAAGCAGACGACACGGACGACGAGAGGCCGCCGGGGCAGGGGUACUACUCGGACUAUGACGACGGCGACGAGCCGGCGGUGGCUAAGCAGCAGCGACUGCACGACGACGACGAAGACGCGCAGUGGACGAAGGCGGGAGACCUGUACGUGCUGCCCGAGCGAGAAGACAGCGGCCCGGCCGAGCUGCAGCGGUUCCGCGAUCCCUCGCAGCUGUAUGUGAUCGCUCGGCAGGAGUUCCUACGUGUGUUCCGCACGCUGCUGGGCGUGACGCUGCGCCUGGGCGAGCUGCCGAUCACGUCGGUCGCGCUGAGCGCGCUGCACAACGCGACGGAGCAGUGUCUCCACCGCUCGCUCACGGAAGGGUCGCUCCACUACCAGCUGGUCGCGAUCUUGAAGGAGCAGGAGCGCGUGCACGCCGUGAGUCGACUCGAGGCCGAGCUCCACGUGCAGCGCGAGAAGGUAAAUGAGUUGUGUGCAAUCAUUGCGGCUAACAAGCAGGCGUUCGAGGCUAAGGAGUUAGCCAUGCAGCAACAGAUCGAGCAGCUCGAGAAACAGCGACACGGCCGGCAGCACGACGACGACGUGAAGAUGGAGACACCGCCGAGCCGCAAGCAGAAGACGACGAAGCAGCAGCAGCACACGUUGACCAAGCGAAAAGCAACGAGUAAGAAAUCUCUCCAUGCGCGGAAGGGUCUUUCCAAUUCCUCAAAUGGUUCUGCGUCGUCAUCCGUAGUAGGUGCGCUGCGCUCGCGAGAUCCAAACAGUUCGGGCACGACGAAGAAGAGGAAGGCCAGUCUUGUGUGA